AUGUCCACUCAAACUGUUUGCCCUCAGGGUCAAAGGGUGCUGAGACCUCCCCGGCGGAUUUCCAACUGUCUCUCUGAUCUGUAUCAGAACAUGGUCCAGGACGAAGAAACCCAGUUUGUGGGGAAAAAGAGUUGUCAACCGCUGCAUAGCAGCAGCAGCGCCAGCCAAUUGACUUCCUUUCACGAGAAAGCCGAGUGUAGAGUUCCUCAGAGCACCACGGUUACAAGUUGUGACCCGCAACUCCGACCCAUCAUGCGCCGGCGGGCCAGGUCCUUGCCCAGUUCCCCAGAGAGAAAGCGUAGUGGGAUGACUCCCUGCCGGGUUCCGGGUUGCAAAACCCGUAAGAACCGCGUCAGGUUUGCAGAUGCCUUGGGCCUGGAGCUGGCGGAAGUGAAAGUCUUCCAAGCCGGGGAAGACCCAUCCAUCCCGCUUCAUGUUCUUUCUCGGCUGUCCAUUAAUUCGGAUCUCUGUUGCAGCAGGCUGGACCUGGAAUUCCCCAUGCAGUGCCUGGUACCUGACUUCCAGCAGCCGGGAGAUGGUGACGACUUCCUCAGCCGCCUGCAGCAGCAGCGGGUAUGUUUGGAACGAGUGUCAAGCUCAGAUCUGGGCCUGAAUGGCACAAUCAGAGUGAUUAAUUUAUCCUUUGAGAAGCAGGUGGCUGUGCGUUAUACUUUUAAUCACUGGAAGAGCCAGCAUGAAAUAAACGCUCAGUGGCAGAGCAGUGUUGCUGAUCAAGAUGGUAAAACCCAAGUGGACGUUUUCACCUUCUUCCUUCCUAUGCCCCCCUUCCUUCUUCAGCUUAGCUCAGUAAUUGAGUUUGCAAUCUUAUACCGAGCCAACGGACAGGAACACUGGGAUAACAAUCAGGACAAGAAUUACACCCUCACUUGUAGGAACCAUCCGCUUAAGAUGCCCAGAGAAUGUGAAGAGAGCUGGAUUCAUUUCAUUUAAGAGCAAAAUAAAAGGGUUCUGCGCUCGUUUGACCGUUUUUUCUUCACGCUGAGGCACCAAAGAAACUCUUCCGACUGUGGCAAAGAUCCUUCAGAAUAAAAGAAAUAACAAGCGACCUCCACAAAAGCAAUUUUGAGAAGCCGUUGUUUUUCUGAGGAAGAUAAGGAUAAAAGGGGCCUUAAUUUGCAGUGAUUUGCACGAAAUUCACUUGAAAUGUGUGGGAAUCAUAGCCAAAAGGUGCAGUCAAUAGAAGGAAGCUAAUGUAUUUUAUCUCUUUGAUCAAUACCUAGAAUGUUCUGAUUAUGCAGUAUUUUGAAGCAUACAGUACAUGAUGCUCUCUAGUUUUGCACUUCACUUUUUGCACUUUUCACAAAACUUCUCUUUGGUGGAACAUAAGCAUAUUUCUGUUAAUUUCUAGUAGGAAAAAAAUGUUACAGUUUUCUGCACUGGUCAAAUGCUGCAGGGUUGCAAGGGGGGUGGGAGGACAAAAUGUAACUAUUGAAAUAAAAAUGAAAAUUUACACUGCAGUUUAUAUGACAAGUGUUCUUAUACAUUUGGCUUUAAUCCCUUAAUACUCCUGUUUCAGAGGACUUUUUGUUAUUAGAAGAGGAAAUACAGUUUUGCUUUUUGGGGAAUUUCACUUUUUUAUUUUAUUUUAGCCUUCCAGGUCAGAGUCAAAGUCAGUUCAUGCGACUAUAGUUUAAUGAACUACAGUAUAACCUAAUUGCAGGGAUGUUUGAUUUAGACUAUGUAGACUGCAGCCAGUCUUAGAUUUUCUUACAUUGGUUUUUAAGGAAGCCAUGGCUAGAGUGGAAUACCAAUGUAAGAAGCAGGCAUCAAGAAACCACUUAUUUUUUGUGCCUACUGGUAGAAAACUUCAUGGGUGUAUCUAUAGAUAGAUAGAUAGAUAGAUAGAUAGAUAGAUAGAUAGAUAGAUAGAUAGAUAGAUAGAUAGAUAGAUAGAUAGAUAGAUAGAUAGAUAGAUAGAUAGAUAGUUAGAUAGAUAGACAGACAGACAGACAGACAGACAGACAGACAGACAGACAGAUAGAUAUCUUAUCUAUCUAUCUAUCUAUCUAUCUAUCUAUCUAUCUAUCUAUCUAUCUAUUCAUCUAUUAAGAGUCACAGGCAUUUUUACUUUUUUUUUACUAUAGUUAACAGGUCAUUCUGAAUCACACUUUUUUAACAUAUGAGACUGUUUGAUUUGUUGACAACUUGAGUGCAAGGAUUUUCUUUUGAGAAGAAAUGAGAAUGCUUCUUUGCAUAUAGAAUUAAUAUGGGAUAUAUUUUACCAGCCUUGGGCGUUACAGUAACCACCUAGCUUCAGAUCAAAACAACACUGAAAUGUGUUAGAUUUCUACAGAUUGUAUGAGAUGUUGGCACUUUUGAUGUCAAGCAUUACCAACUCCUGGGAUACAGCUACAGGUGCAGUUAAGGAUUGAGUUCCGUGUUGUUUCUGUCACCAUUUGCAUGCAUGUACAUGUUUGGGAGAUUGCUGUCACUGCCCUGGAUUGAGAUGUCUGCAUAUGCCAUUAAGUCUCUAAGGAAUGCUUCUAUUUAUUCAUUCUUCUUGGGAAGAGCUCCUGGUGAUGUGGCAAAUGAGUGGGGGUUGUGUAUAGUAAGCAAAGAAUCAUUAUGUGUACAAACAGCUGAUGAGAAAUGAACUCGUGAUUGCCAUUGAACCUGAAAAGUAUAGACUUCUAAAAUCAGAGUUCUAGUUUAAAUUCAUUAGUUCAGGAUGAAUCACCUUGUGCAGUGAAGUACAAUGUCUUUCUGUUCUUAAUCUCUUCCCUGCCUUUUUUUUAACGGCAUGAUUUUGGAAUUCUGUAGCAAGCAACUUUAGACUGGGUUCACCUACCAUAGAUCAAUCUCUUAAAAUGGGGCAGAUAGGCAUAGCGGCUCUACUCCAUGUAUGGCUUUCAAAUUAAUUUCUUGCAGACCCCCCCAGAUUAAUUUCAAAACUUGCCAAAAGAGAUCGGUUCAAAUAAGAACCCACUUGCCUUUCCUGUUGGAUUACUACUUGACAAGGAAGAACCAAAGUAUCAGAAGGAAAGCAUAUUUGAGAGGUUAAGGAAAUAGAUCAAGGAGGUCUCCAAAGUUGGCAACUUUAAGACCUGUGGACUUCGAUCUCCAGAAUUCCCCCAGCCAGCAUGGCUGGUCAAGGAAUUCUAGGCGUUGAAGUCCACAAGUCUUAAAAUUUGCCAACUUUGGAGAGCCCUGAAAUAGAUGAUCCCAUCCAUUUGGGGUUCUGACUACAUCUGCUUUUCGCUCUGGCAUCGUCCAUUCAGUGGCUUCAAUAGAUCGUCCAGGAUAUAGAAUAACAGAGUUGGAAGGGACCUUGGAGGUCUUCUAGUCCAACCCCCUGCUUUGGCAGGAAACCCUAUACCACAUCAGACCAAUGGUUAUAUAUAUAUGGUUGUUUAUACAAGAUUUCCCAGCAGAGUUUCCUCCCCUUCCCUUCUAGGUGCAAAUUAUAUUCUCCCAUCUUCAUCCUCUCCCCUCCCCAAGCGUAUGGCUUGGAGUUUUUUCCGCUUUGUUUGCUCAUGAUCUAAGGAAGACUAAUAUACUUUGGUUUCUGAUUUCCUGCAUUUUGGACUGAUGCUGUGCCUUGAAUAACCUUCGGGCUGCUAUAUCGCAGUACAUUCCGGCCAGCAUGCUUUGUAUCUCAUAGGAGCUGGAAGGGAUCCCAGUUCCAGAGUAGAAACUCAUGUCAGCCCUGUAUCUGCUAAUGGGAACUUCUAUGCAAGAUGUCGUCUCAAGGGGCCAUUCUUUUGAGUGGGGAAGUUCCUUUGAAAUGCCUGAAUAGUGGGUAAUGGAAAAAUCUAUUUUCUUUAUGGGUGACCAAGCCAAGAAGUGUAUUUAGAUCUCUUGUUUAUCAAACAGAUAGAAAAGAGGCUGGGUGUUUCAAACAAAUAUCUAGUAUGUGGAGUUCAUUACAAAUACGGGUGCAGCAAAUUUGUUUUUCGAACUUAGUUCCUUAGGUCGGUGGAAGGCAGGUUUCAUAAAAUUAUAAAGAACACAUUUUUGAGGUGACCCCCCCCUUCCCUCAAUAGCCUAAUAUAAAUGCCAGUAACUAUAAAACAGUGUUUCUCAGCCUUGGCAACUUUAAGAUGGAGGGAUUUCAAUUCCCUUAAAGCCCGGGGAAUUCUGGGAGUUGAAAUUCAUCCAUUUCAAUUGUGAAAUGCUGUUAUAAAAAGUUAAUUAGUUGUUUUGGGGAAGAGUGAAAAUGGCCAGGGUAGCCAUUGAUUCCUACAGAAGUCAUUUCUUUUUCUUGACAUUGUUUUGUUUUUUUCCUCCAUCAUCAUGUCCUUACCAUUACCUUUCCUGACUGAGAGACCUGAGACUUUUAGCCAUAAUGUAUCUUGGAAGAUAUAAGGGACAGGUCAGUGAUAUGUGAUUGCUAGGACAGGUCGUUGCAGUUUCGAGACUCAUUUUUGGAGAUGAAUAAUUUUGUACACUCUACUUUUCUAAACAAUCCAUUUCACUUCAGAAAAGGCAUUGUGUAGAAUUCUUUUUAUCUUUAUUUUUAAUGCUAUAAAAUAAAAAAGUUUAUGGUAUGUUGUAGUACAGCUAUAGUCCCAAAAUCGCAAGAAAAAUGUAAUCUGAAUUUGCAGCCUAUGGACCAGCCUUGCUCAAUCCUAUAUCUUCUAAAUCAGAAGGAUUAAAACGGCCAUAAUUUGUUCAUCAUGCCUGGCAAUUAAAGGAAUACAACUCCAAACAAAUUUGUCCUAAGCUUUUAUUCAGAAUUGUUUGAGAUAAGCAGUUUGUGGAUUGUUGUCAGUACUCAAGCAGCCCCAAUUUAUCUGCCAGCAUCUGAAUCUGUAGAAUGUAAAAAGUUAGGCAUAAAAAGUCGAUAUAAUUUUAAUGAGGAAAAUCUUAUUUUCUGCAACAUUCAUUUGGGUUGCACUGAUGAUCUGUAAUUCCUUAACAAUUUGGUCUCUUUCCUUUUUUGUGAUUCAUGUUGCCAUAUUUGCCCCUUUUGAGUAUUCUAUCUAGUAGACUUGCUUUAUAAGAAUUCUUUUGGACAUUUGUCAGAAUCAGGAAACCAAACAAAAAGAAUUAAGUACUGUAAUUCACUCUGUAUUUUAUAUACAGAUUUGGAUCUUUUUGAGACAAAUACGCUUCGCAGCCCAUGUUGAAAAUUAAUAUAGUUUUAAAAUUCUAAUUGUAUAAAUAAGUUAAGUCCAUAUAUAUCAUUGUGUUUUAGAAGUGUGACACUAAUGAUUAUUACAGAAUGACUAAACGUGCUACAGUAUUUCCAGUUACCAGCUUCUAGAAAGCAAACAGAAAUUAUUUUUUUUGGAAUCACAGUAUUUUAAUAAUGAAAUAAAGAAAAGUGAUGGGUAGGCAGAUAAGGAGGCAUAUUUUUCCAAAGGUGUUAUAUAAUUACAUCCAUUUAGGUGUCAGAUUUUAUAUAUAUGUCUGUGUGUAAUGUAUGCUGUAUGUAUAUUUUCCGUCCUUUCAUAAUAGGUAGCACAAUGGACUUGAAAUUUUCCAUGUGGUAUAUAUAUUUGGAAAAUAUAUAUAUACCACAUACUGCUGCUUCUGGAGACAAUAUAGGUAGUCUUUGACUUACAACCAUUCAUUUAGUGACUGAAGUUACAACAGAAGUGGAAAAAAGUGAUUGAAGUCCGCUUCUCAUACUUAUGAUCAUUGUAGCAUUCCCCACAGCCAUGUAAUCAAACUUCGGGUGAUUGGCAACCAACAUGUGAUUGGCAACCAACAGUUGUAAUAUCCUUGGAUCACAUGAUGGCCAUUUGUGAUCUUUCCAUCCAGCUUCCAACAAACAAAGUCAAUAGGGGAAGUUGAUUAUUUGCUUAAUAACCAUAUGAUUUACUUAACAACUCAGCAAAUCAAUAAUCACAAAAAAAGGUUGUAAAAUUGGGUGCAGCAUGUACUUGAAAACCGCCUUGCUUAGCAAUGGAAAUUCUGGUUCCGAGUGGUUUUAAAUUGAGGGCUACCUGCAUUCGAGGCUUCUUAUCACUUUUGUUUUUCCCAAAAAACUGCUUUCACUUUCUUUAGCCUCUUUUCAUCCUUUUAUGUCGGUGUCAGAACCAGUCCUGGGUCUCUUUGAGUUAUAAAUAUCCUGAACUCUGGAGAUGUACUGUUCCUUGUAGCAGAUCCGUUUACCUUCCAGCUCAUCGGGACAGAGAAAUAUUAAGCAGGAUCCAAAACUGUAACACUAGACUAGUGAUGCAAAUAAAAAUCUAUCGCUUGCCUUACUGAAUCAAGGCCAAGUGUUUUUUGGUCCAGCAUUCUACAUCCAACGAUGUCCUACCAGCCUCUGGAAGUGAAAUCUCAUCAGCUUGGCAUGAAGGUCAUGGUCACCCUGGUUUAUUCCCAAGUGCUCUGUACUUAGAGUUAUAUUAUUGAGGAAUACAGAGAUUUCAUUUAAGAGCUGUUGCAAAAAGGCCUCUCUGAAAUUCACAAAAAAAGAAGGGUAACAUACCAAAGACCUGGGGAGAAAUUAAAAAAAAAAAAAAGAAGUACAGAAGGACAUUUGGAGAUUAUUUUUCCUCCUCUGCAGUGCAAACUCAGGGAAAAAAAUACAUGUUCCAUUUAUUUUUAAUAUUAAUCUUUCCUGUGUCCCGAAACAAGAACCUGAACAAUUAUCCCAGCCCAAGCAAACGAGAUUUUGUUUAUUAUAUUUUUGUACUGCUCGACUCUCAAAGGCAACAGCUUCGGAUAUGAAUUUAUGGCUGAAGACCGUUUUAAAUAUUUACCACAUUUUAAGUAUGGAUUACUGGAAAGUUUCCAAAACUUUAACUCCAAGGCAUGGGUAUAGCAAAGGAAAGAUGCAUUCAGAAUCAAUGUAUGCCAAGUAAAUGUCCCAAAGGUGCUUUUUUCAGGAGACAACUCGACUUUCUUGUUGUUGUUGUUUUCUUUUGAAGACGUUUUGCUUCUCAUCCAAGAAGCUUCUUCAGCUGAACAAGAAUGUCCAGUUGCCUCCUGAAAAAGCACCUUUGGUAUAGCCAUGACCUGGAUGACUUAAGAAUCUCUAUGGACUUUUAUGCCAGGUAAAUGUUGUCACUAUUUGGUCAUUUAAUUACUGUUAAGCAAUUACCUAAGAGCCAAUUUGGUGUAGUGGUUAAAGGCACUCAAGCGAGAAGUCGAAAGACUGUCAGUUGUUUUUUUUUAUUUACAUUUAUAUCCCGCCCUUCUCCGAAGACUCAGGGCGGCUUACAGUGUGUAAGGAAAUAGUCUCAUUAUAUUUGUAUAUUUACAAAGUCAACUUAUUGCUGCCCCCCAACAAUCU